CGCAGAACCAUGCUGAAGAAUGACCAGCUGGUCUACGUCGGGCUGGAGCUGCUCAUCGCCUGCUUGGCCGUGGCCGGGAACAUUCUGGUGUGCUGGGCCGUGUGCCUCAACUCCAACCUGCAGAGCAUCACCAACUUGUUCGUGGUGUCGCUGGCGGCGGCCGACAUCGCCGUGGGCCUGCUGGCCAUCCCUUUCGCCAUCACCAUCAGUACCGGCUUUUGCGCCGAAUUCCACGGAUGCCUCUUCAUCGCUUGCUUCGUCCUGGUGUUGACCCAGAGCUCCAUCUUCAGCCUGCUGGCCAUCGCCGUGGACCGAUACGUCGCCAUCAAGAACCCGCUCAGGUACAACAGCCUGGUAACAAGCCAGAGGGCGAAGGGCGUCAUUGCGCUGUGUUGGCUCCUCUCAGUGGGCAUCGGCCUGACGCCCAUGCUGGGCUGGAAUAAAGGAUGGAACUCCACCACUGCGGCUUCCAGCACUUGCCCCGAAGGCUUGACCGAGUGCCUCUUCGAGGGCGUGGUCACCAUGGACUACAUGAUCUACUUCAACUUCUUCGGCUGCGUGCUGCUGCCCCUGGUGGUCAUGCUGGUGGUCUACGCUCACAUCUUCAUGGCCGCCCGGCGCCAGCUCCGCCUGACGGUCCUGAAAAAGGUCGCCCCCGCCCCUGUCCCCUCUCCCGCCGAAAAGACCUCGUCUUCGUUCCGCUCCACCCUGCAGAAGGAGGUGCACGCUGCCAAAUCGCUGGCUAUCAUCGUGGGCCUGUUUGCUUUCUGCUGGCUCCCCGUGCACCUCAUCAACUGUUUCAACUACCUGUGCGACAGCUGCCAGCGUCCGCACAUCUGGGUGUUGAACGUCGCCAUCAUCCUGUCCCACGCCAACUCCGUCGUCAACCCCUUCAUCUACGCCUAUCGCAUCCGAGAGUUCCGGCAGACGUUUCGGAGGAUCUUGCGCCGACACAUACUCGGGCGAAAGGACGGGCACGGCCUCCGGGACGGGAGCGGCCGCGGCCGAGCCGCGAGUAGCGGCGGCGUCGGGCGAACGUCCUCGCGAGUCAGUAAAGAUGAUUCGUCGUGCGGCACCGUGGCGAACAGUUACGUCCUCGACUCCAGCCAAUGGACUUCGACGUUGGGCGCGCUACCAAACAGCUGCAUACCCAAUGGGAACCAAGCAAUACACCAGCAGAAGUGCGCACACCCUGAAGGGGGCGGCAAUGUCGAAUUGAGAGACACGAGUGGAACUUGUAUUUCCUUCAUCAACGUUCAAGCCCUCUCCUUUAUACGUACCCAUCCUACGGAAUUAACAGAAAUGUUGUAGCAAAAAAAAUAAAUAAAUAAAUAAAAUCUCACCAGAGUUAACGAGCAUCACGUGUGAACUACAGAAAAAAUA